AUGGCGAACAAAGCAAAUAUAAUGCCGGAGAUCGAGCCUUCAAUGGAGAUCGCGAUGGACAAACUCGAUGCAUUACCGAACAACACAAAUCAAAAUUGGAUAAAGGACAAGGGGCUUCGAAAAUUGAACCUGAGUAUUUUCUUUAUGUAUUCCACUGCUUCUUCGGCCGGAUAUAUUGGAAGUUUGGUGAAUAGCUUACUGGUGCUGCCCGAAUUUGGCGUGAUAGUUAACGGCCUCAACCCCAAUAUAAUCGGAUUGAUUAUUGCCGCAACUUCCUUGGGUGCAUUUAUAUCCUUCGCGCCGGCAUCCUACAUAGCUGAUACUUUUGGCCGCAAGACAUGUGUUGGAAUUGGAUCCGGCCUUGCCAUUGUAGGUGCUAUUAUUGGAAUGGCGGUUCAGAAUCACUGGGCUUUUUUUGGUGCGAGGAUCAUAUCCGGUGUUGGAAUGGGAAUUGCCCAGACUGCGGCUCCUCUUUUGGCGACUGAGAUCGCGCAUCCGCGUCAGCGACAGACGGCCACAGCUCUCUACAAUGCCUCUUGGUACUUGGGGGCCAUUGGAUCAGCGGCAGUUACCUAUGCCACGAUAGGUAUAGCGAAUAGCUGGUCAUGGAGGGUGCCAUGUCUGCUGCAGGUGUCGUAUCCGUUGUUUCAAAUUCUGGGGUUGAUCUUCUUUGUGCCUGAGAGUCCAAGAUGGCUUGUUUCAAAGGACCGAAAGGAUGAAGCAUUGGCUACAUUGGAGAAGUAUCAUGCCAAUGGCAGUCCAGACGACGAGUUGGUGAAGCAUGAGUUCCAUCUCAUAUGCACCACAAUCACGGCCGAAAUGUCCAAUUCGAGGAAUUGGAGUUCGUUCUUUUCAUCGAGAGGCGAUAUGCACCGUCUCGCCAUCUGUGUCUUGGUUGGAUUGAUGCAAGAAUGGGCUGGAAAUGGUAGGAACCAGGUAUUCCAAUAUCCAAGUGUUAAACCAGUUAACAGUCUCGCAGGUAUCCUGUCUUAUUAUCUCGCCCCAAUCCUCCAAUCAGUGGGAAUCACCAAAGCAGCCGACCAAGCCGCCGUUAAUGUGAGUCUACAGGUAUGGAGCUUCCUCCUUUCAGCAACUGGCGCAGUCGCAUCAGAGCGAUAUGGUCGUCGCAUUCUCUGGCUCUUAUCCACUAUUAUCAUGCUGGUCUUCUUGUCAAUGUCCACAUUAGCUGCCGGUCUACAUACCGAGAAGCAUAUAUCUUCUGCGGGAAUAGCUGUGGUUCCCCUGCUUUUUAUCUUUUUCGGUGGAUUCAACAUCGCUUAUGCGCCUCUUUUCCUCUCGUAUCCAGCUGAGAUCCUAACCUUUCAAAUGCGUGCCAAGGGUAUUGCUGUAACGCUCUCUGUGGAUGCUGUGGCGUGCUUCUUCAAUCAAUAUGUCAAUCCAGUGGCAUUUACUGCCAUUCAAUGGAGGUAUUAUUGUGUCUUUAUCGGGUGUUUGGUUGUGUUCUUGGUUUUGAUUUACUUCCUAUUCCCCGAGACGAAGGGGCGGUCUUUGGAAGAGGUUGCGAUGAUUUUUGACAAGGAGUCGGGCACUGAUAACAAGAAAAGAGAGCAAACAGAGAAGCAAGAGAUGAGAUAG